AUGUUCUCCAAACUCGCUGCCCUCUUCGCUCUCGCUACCCUUGCUGCCGCCACUGGGACUCCCCCACCCCCGGUCACUCCCCCCACCUCUCCUCAGUGCUGCAACAGCGUGCAGAGCUCUACUAGCAGCGCUGUCUCUGCUGUCGCCGCCCUUGUGGGCCUCGACCUGACCGGCAUCAACGUUCCCAUUGGCCUCGGCUGCUCGCCCAUCACCGUCAUCGGAAACAACUGCGGUGGUACCAAGGUCACCUGCGACGCCCCGGAGGCUCAGUGGGGCGGCCUCAUUGCCAUCAACUGCAUCCCCAUCACCCUCUAA